AUGAUGAAUUGGAUGAGUACACAGAAAAUAAAAAUAAGACAGAUCUCAAUUAAAAUAAAUAUUCAUUGUAAUUUUAUAAAAUAAAUUAUAUUUGGUAUUCCAAAACAACUGAUAAUCUCAAAAUUAUUUGAGGAGAAGAACAAAGCUCAGAAUACAUUCGGUAAUAUUGCGAAGUUAGUGUUAAAAGAGCUAUCAAAAGAUUUUACAAGUUUUUUAAACAAUUAAGGGAAUAAACUAUAUCCAUCAAUGAAUUUAAGUUAAUAUAAAAUAUUAGCACAAUAAUUAAUUAAAAAUAAAAUUAAGAUUUUUUAUUUAACCACCAAAAUGUAGAUCAAAUUAUAAUAAAGCUAUAAGCAAUUGAAUUUUUUAAUCAUAUACAAACAAAUUCAAUAAUGA